AUGUCUUUUAAGUCGACAGUUGUAACUUUGGAAUCUCAACUAGCCGUGCUUUUGAAUGAGCAAUUUAUUGAUGAGCCGACAUGGUGUGGAUUUUUGACUUACACACAUUCAAAAUUUUUGACAUGCAUCAUGAACGGAUUGACUGAAGAAGUUGAAGACCUGGGACUGAUUUCUUGGAAAGAUGUUCUGACCCAAAGACCAGAUCAACUAUUGGAAUAUAUCUGGAAUAGCUGCCAUAGCAAAAUCUUGAGAUAUUUCCAUCUUCAGUUCCAUCAUCUCAAGACUAAUCAACUUCAGAAUUUUAAAGUUGAUGAAGACCAAGAUGAUGCUGAUGAUAAUGACGAUGAAGAUGAAGAAGAUUUGGAUGAAACUAAACAGGCUAGAAAUAGAGUAGGUUACGCAACUUUCAAGAAAGUUUACGGAAAGUAUACGAAAAUCAAUAAGAUGAUCGUUGGCUUUUAUCUUACCUUGAUUGAACAUAUUCUCAAGAAUUACAAUAUUAGUGACCGCUUAUUCCCGGAAUUUUACAAAUUCUAUAGAAUCAAUUAUCCUUUGUUUGACGCUAAUUCCCCAAAAUCUAAGGCGAAUCCUGCACCUAUUACAGACCAGAGAAUAGUGAACGUGUUGAUAUAUUUCUUGCACAGAAUAUGUUUUUUCCAAGGAACCCUUUCACGUUACAGAACCCUUUUCUAUCUUUACAUCCUCUCAUCUUCAGUAAACGUAUUGAAAAACAAGACUAUUAUAUCGGGUAAAGCCAUCACUAUUCAUAACGGUGCUAAUGAUGGUAGCCGUUUUAUUAGGUUUGAAACGUUUGAUAAAUCUAUUGAGUAUUUCAAUUUUGCUAACAAAGUUCUACCAGGCUUCAGUGAUCCACUAAGCCAUAUCGGGAUGAUUAUGAAUAGUUAUGGCAGCAUCACUAACGCCAAUAUCUAUGCAAUCUUAGCUUCGUUCAAUAAAACUACUAUCCCUAAUUCCGGAAGAAUUGUUAAUGGCGAUAAAUUUGAAGCAGUUUAUUAUUUCAUUAGAAGUGUUAACCAAAAAUCUGGGACUAAACUGUCUAUGAUUGAUAUUCAACGCAUGUUGUCAACCGAAAACGAAAUGAACUUAGGAGAAUAUUUUUUAAAUGCGUUUACCAAGUGCCAAGAAAUUGAGCAUUCAUUGGUUAAUGACUCCAGUAUAAUUGGUGAUAAUCAGAUGAACGAUAGAAUCACAAGAAAUAAAUUGUUGGAACGAGUGAGUAAGACUUACUUUUUGUUAUUAUUCAGCUGGUACUUUUACGGGAAAAGUUCAGUAUUCAAUGAAAUGGUCCAAAGAUUGAAGCAGAAGAAACAAAUCAAUGUGAAUGAACAGCUUAAAUUAUUGAAGUACAGUCUUUUCAAUAUAAUUAAGAGUGGGUUACAGAUUAGUGAAAAGAAUGUUCUGGUUUUGGAAAAACAAUUAGUCAUUUUGAUUGGCGGAUUCCAAGUGCUCUUGGAUAUGGAUGAGAUCAAUAUUUCCAGAAAAACUGCUUCGGCUGUCGCUUCUGUCAGUGGUCAGACACCAAAUGGCAAUAACGAGCCUUCAAAAAUGAAAAUUAAAGAUUUCAAAUUGCUUUCUCCAGCAACCCAACAAUAUUUGAAAUUUGUUUUCCAAUAUAUCGUGGAAAUUCUCAAUGUUUUGAUUAUAGAUCACAAGAAAUUUUCUUUGAAAGGCCCUCUCUCGUUGGAACAGGAUGAGUCAGAGUUUUUAUUACAGAAUAGAAUGGGUCUCUAUUUGCCAAUGAUGAGAAUUUUCUUGAAUUGGAUCAGACCAUCCAAAUUAUUGAUCAACUACUGUCAUGGUCAAUUGAAAUUUGUUUCUAAGAUGGCGUUUAUAAUCAAUAUCAUGUAUGAUGGAUUGGUAAACCAUAAUCCAACCUACGACACCCAAAAUUCUGAAGAUAUUUUCUCGCAUCGUUGCAAACGUUUGAGAUUCUUUGAAGAAGAUGUGACACUAUCAGGUUUCAUGCCAGUGGACUCUGCGUUCAAGGAUUUUAAUGACACUUUCAUCAAAAAUGAGAGUAAGUUUUCUAAAAUGAGAAUGGUGGGCCAGUUGCCAGCCGAGGAUCCAAAAAUUAGAAAAAUGUUGAAAUUGUCGAGCAAGGGGGUUGACCCAGAAGACCCAAAGUCUGAAAUCAUUAGAAAUGAGAAAUUGUUGAGGGUGUAUGCUAUUGGGUGGUUAGGUAAGAGAUUGGUAUUUGAUAAUUCCUUCGGAAUCGAAUUUGACGAUAGUGUUAAGCAGUACGGGAAUUUAGAAAGAUAUGAGAAGGAAAUUUUUGACACCGCUGGUAAUAAUGACAAGUUUAAAGAACUUCCACAAGUUAAAUCGAAAACUUCUGAGCCAAAUAAUAAGAAGUGGAAUAAAAAGACAAAGCUAAAAAAAAAUAAGCAUGUUGAGAAUCGUUACAAAGAGAGGGAUACUGAUUUUGACGACGAAAAAAGUGUUUACGUUAGAACUUCUAGAAGAGGCAAUAAUAAUAUUAAUCCUGUCAAAAAAGAAGACGAAGUUAAUACUAAAAAUACUGAUCCGAAACCUGCUUUGCCAAAAAAUCAUUCUCCACCUUCUGCAAGCCACUUUGAAGAUUUUGAAGAUUUCGAGUCUGCUGAAAAAUCUGAUUUUGAAAGUGAAGUUGAAGAGGAGCAGACAACCGCAGUCCAAAAUAAUGAAAAUGAAGCUGCUGACAUUAGUAAGUAUCAGAGCAUGGUAGACUCUUUGUUAGGUGAUGAUUCUAUCACUUUCAGUACAUUCAAUGCAAAGGAAUCCCCCGCUAAUAUUUCUACUCCAGCGCCUGAAUCAUCAUUUGCCAAAUCAAAAGUACAAUCAACAUCUAGUAUUUUCACAAAUCAAAUUUGGUCGAAUCAUGCGACUUCUCCUAACUCAAAACCAAUGUUGGCCAGUGACUUGGAGAGUAAGCUUGUAGGGAGUGCUUCAAGAGCGUUAUCCGGAAACUCUCCUAUAGCAGCGAGUGUAAAUAACACCGAUGCAACGGCUUUGCCUAGAACUCCUACCGGGACUUCAUAUCUUAAUUACCAACAAUACUACUACCCCCCUUCAAAUGGUGCGUCAAUGUAUCCACCACCUACACCCCAUCAAUACGGUGCUCUUAAUUAUUACAAUUAUUAUUAUCCUGGUCAAACUGUUCCAUCUCAUAUUGGUACCUCAACCCAACAACCGGCGCAACCAAAUCAGCAGAAUGGUUCUCAGUUUUACUCGUAUGGUCAGGCCCCAAAGUGA